UUCCACGAUAAGCUCGAAUAAAGCUCGACGCUGGCCUAGUUGGGAUCCAGUAUUUCCUACACAUUUCUGCAGCUCGGUCGUGGUCUUGCCAGGGGGAUUCUGUGUUGCAUAGUGAGAUAUUGGGUGCGCAUUCUAGAGUUCAUCCGACUUACUUCUAGGAGGUUAGACUAACUCCAAAAUUGCAGAAUUUUCAAAACUAACGCGUGUGAGUGGUGCUCUUUCGUGCGUAAAGAAGACUGCUAAUCUGGUGAAGUGUUUGCAGUGAUUUACCGGCGAUACUGUGAGAAAUUCCAUAGUGUGCUCUAAAGUUCUGAGUGUUCCAGUCAAGUGUAUGAUAUCGGUUAUCGUGGAAUAGGAUCUCUGCACAAUAGCGGUGAUUCCGACACAUCGUCAUAGGAGUGUUGAAGAGCGUGGAUAUUCUCUUCAUUUAGAUUAACCAUGUCCGACUUCCCUACUAUGGAACUCAACUCAGUGGAUCGUCCCAACCGCUUCCAGGUGAAUCCCGUGGUCCGUAAAAGUGUGGAUACAGGCGAUCAGCAGCGCUAUAACAACAACGUGAAUUGUCGUGACGCUGAGUCUGAGGAUGAUACCUUCAAUGAGGAUGCCGCGAAUAUUAUUCGGCGGACUUCACGAAUCCAAUCAAUCAAAAGCAGCUUUCGUGAUAAGGAUAAGCCGUCGCGUUUCAAAGACUUGCAAACGACAAGGUUUCAAGUUGAUGAAUCUCAAAUGGAUGAAUCUGAUUCAAACGAAUCCGACGAGGACAGAGAGAACCUGCUGGAAAACGAGUACGACACUAAAUAUGGAAAAAGCUUUCGGCAUUUCACAAGAGAGGCACUCCCCCGCCUCGACAAUUACCGCAACAUUAUGUCGAUCCAAGCUGCUUACCGGCCAACUCUUGAUGAGUUGCAUAACGCAACAUUGACCCACAAGUAUUGGAACUACGGAGAUUAUGAGCUCAGUAGCACUCUCCGACGAAGCAUUGAUCCAGAAGCUGCCAUACCCAGUGGAUUUGUGAAGUUCGGAUGGAUCAAGGGAGUUCUAGUACGAUGUUUACUGAAUAUUUGGGGUGUUAUGCUCUUUCUGCGCUUGAGUUGGGUGGUCGGACAAGCAGGAAUCCUACAAGGUUCCAUUCUUAUCUUAACAACAACAGCAGUAACGUCUAUAACAGCACUGUCCAUGUCGGCAAUCAGUACAAAUGGAGAUAUAAAAGGCGGAGGGACGUACUAUAUGAUAUCGCGGUCAUUAGGUCCGGAAUUCGGUGGGUCCAUAGGGUUGAUCUUCUCGCUGGCAAACGCGGUGGCUUGCGCCAUGUACGUGGUGGGCUUUUGUGAGUCAGUUCGUGAUCUACUUCGUUCGUUCGACGCAAAAAUUAUUGACGAUGGAGUCCAGGAUGUUCGAAUAAUAGGAAGUAUUACGCUUGUAAUUUUAACGCUUAUUGUCGUAAUUGGAAUGGAAUGGGAAGCUAAGGCUCAAAUUGGUCUCCUGGUUAUUCUGCUGGUGGCGAUCUUAGACUUUCUGAUUGGUUCAAUAAUCGGUCCAAAAUCUGACCUGGAGGUCGCUAAAGGCUUUCUGGGCUACAACUCUACAUUAUUUGCUUCCAAUUUCUUCUCCGAUUAUAGAGAAGAGGGUGGUGUUCAACAUAACUUCUUCUCGGUCUUUGCAAUAUUUUUCCCGGCAGCAACGGGAAUAUUGGCUGGUGCCAAUAUUUCCGGGGAUCUAAAGGAUCCGCAAAAAUCCAUUCCAAAAGGCACUCUCCUUGCUAUUCUAAUAACAACAGUGACGUACUUGGUGAUGCUUUUCAUUGCUGGGGCGACUGUUGCACGAGACGCAACUGGAAAUGUAAAUGAUACAUUGAACGGUUCUUAUGCAUUUCUCGAUUGUUCUCACGCUGUUUGCAAGUACGGACUACAGAAUUCAUUUCAAGUUAUCGAACUUGUCUCUGGAUUCGGACCUAUAAUUUAUGCAGGCUGCUUUGCGGCCACUCUCUCUUCGGCGCUUGCAAGUUUGGUGUCGGCCCCGAAAGUAUUCCAGGCUCUAUGCAAGGACCAACUAUAUCCCAAGAUUGAAUGGUUCGCCAAGGGCUACGGAAAAAAUAAUGAACCAAUACGGGGCUACGUGCUUACGUUCUUCAUUGCCGUUGGGUUUAUCCUUAUUGGCGAGCUCAACUUGAUUGCCCCAUUAAUUUCGAAUUUCUUUUUGGCCGCUUAUAUGUUGAUUAAUUUCAGUACAUUCCACGCUAGUUUAGCCAAGCCUGUCGGGUGGAGACCAACUUUUAAGUACUACAAUAUGUGGCUGAGUUUGGUGGGAGCCAUUUUAUGUGUAGCUGUGAUGUUCCUCACUUCCAAGGCCACGGCUCUCAUCACUUUCGCAGUUGUGCUUGCAUUGUACUUAAUUGUGGCUUAUAGAAAACCAGAUGUUAACUGGGGAUCAACAACACAAGCCCAGACCUACAAGAAAGCUCUUUUGUCUGUACAGCACUUGAACAACGUAGAAGAACAUGUGAAAAAUUACAGGCCACAGAUUUUGGUGCUUUCCGGUCUACCAAAUUCACGGCCGGUUCUAGUGGACUUUGCCUACUUAUUAACGAAAAAUCUUUCACUUUUGGUUUGUGGACACGUUCUACGGCAAAGCAGCCAAAAAUAUCGCAACUAUCUUCAAGACAGAGCUAACUCAUGGUUCAAACGACACCGGGUCAAGGGAUUCUACUCUUUAGUAGAUGAUGAAGACUUUGACGCUGGGUGCAGGGCCUUAAUGCAGGCAACCGGUAUCGGUAAAUUGAAGCCCAACAUAGUCCUGCUCGGUUACAAGGCAGACUGGAAGGUGUGCGAUAAGAAGGAGUUAAAUCAGUAUUUCAAUGUCAUGCACAAAGCUUUAGAUAUGUAUUUAGCAGUAGCAAUAUUAAGGGUAGAGAAGGGAUUAGACUACGCGCAAAUCCUAGGCGAGGACUCGCCCCGGAACUUAGUUGAUAUUCCUCGAACGCUUCAGCCGAAUGAUAGCUCCGCGGAUCUACUGGCAACCGAAAAGAAUGCUCAGGUUCAUGGCAGUCUGGAUAGUCUGAGCAGAAACGUGUCCCAAGCUGAGGAACCGGAGACGCCACGACGGAAAAACAUGACCAAAUCGAGCAGCACGAGCGACCUAUCAUUCACAGCCGGCUCCCAAAUUAAGGCGCAGGAGGUCUCCAUAUUACCGGACCCACUAGACUUUAAAUCAACUUAUUUAAAUUCGAGUCUAUCAAGAAAAUCUAAGAAAUCCCCAGACGACAAAUCAGCUCUCUACAAUGGACCCGGCGGUGCUGAGCUGCCGAAAGAAGUUCUAAAUGAAUUAACGCAAUUUACGAGGAAGAGGAGUCACGCUGUUAUAGACGUUUGGUGGCUUUACGACGACGGCGGCCUGACGCUGCUCCUGCCCUACAUUAUAAGCACGCGGAGGACCUGGCAUUCGUGCAAGCUGAGGGUUUUCGCGUUGGCUAAUAAGAAAGCGGAGCUGGAGUACGAGCAACGGUCAAUGGCUAGCCUCCUGGCCAAGUUCCGCAUUGACUAUUCCGACCUACAGCUGAUCCCUGACAUAACAAAGAAAGCCCAAGAAAGUACGGUUCAGUUCUUUAAUGAGCUUAUCAAGGAUUUCGUGGAAUCAGAGACCACGGCAACGGCGAACGACGAAGCAGAAUCAGGACUUAUCACGGAAAGUGAUCUUUUGGCUGUACAAGAUAAGACCAACAGAUACCUGCGGCUGAGAGAAUAUUUACACGAGAAUUCAAUGAAAUCGGAUUUGGUUGUGAUGACGUUGCCUAUGCCAAGGAAGAAUAUUGUGUCGGCCCCGCUGUACAUGGCGUGGUUGGAGUGCCUGAGCAAUGGAAUGCCCCCGUUCCUGUUCGUUCGAGGCAAUCAAACAAGUGUUCUAACGUUCUACUCAUAAGGACGUGGCGCUGUUUGCUUUCAUUCUUGUUAUGAUGCAUGCAAAUUUACGUUUUAUUUACGUCGUUGACAAUCGUUCCAUCUACAUACGAGUAGUAACGCACUUUGAUAGAGAUGUGUCUUCGUCACAAGAUUACUGACAUUUACUUCUGAAUUUUAUUUAUAUUUUAUGUAGCUUAGACAACUUGACGUACAAUAAAUAUUUGCUUAAGAA